AUGGGCUCGCCGCUCCGCACCGUCACAGUGCACCUCCGUCGCUCUUCGUCAGCGGAUACCGUGGCAAUCGCCGUGGACGGCGGCACCGGGGUGGACCUGGCCCGGGUGGGGCUCGCGCUGGGGCUGGACCCCGCCUCCGUCCGCCCCAACGGCUACUUCCUCAGCCGCGGCCCCGGCCACGUCUGCUCCGCCGUCACGUGGCGCGCGCUCCUCGCCUUCUUCGCGAAGCGCGGGCUGCCCACCGGAGCCGACGCCGCCGCGCCCGUCGUCGUCGACGGCAAGCCCGCCGCGCCUACUGCGCAGAGCUCAGAUCGAACAACUCCUACAUGCCCAAAGCGAAAAUCUGGAGUGGAAGUAGAAAGAUGUCCCAAGAAGAGCAAGCCUCAACAGAACAAAUCAGCUCUCCCGAAACGAAGGCACGAUGUACUCAGCGAUGAAAUCGUCCUUGGUCUAAAGAGAAGACUCAGGCUGGACGACCCAACCCCAGCUAAGAAGAUUAAGCAAGUAGAAUGCGGCUCAGAGACACAGCAACCAGUUAGAUUUUAUUGUGGCUUUGUGAAUGCAAAUGGAAAGCGGCUACGGGAUGAGGAGAUGAUCACCUCGCUUUCAUGUAAAAGAGUUCGGUGAUCGGAGCUGAGGUAAAUGCCCCUAUCAUGUGUUCCAUCCAGCAAUCAUGUAAUCUUCAACAGAAGGGCAUAUACGUACUUUGCUUGGAGGCAGUUCCAGAUGCAGCUGCUGUAUGCUAGCAUAACUUAAGUAGUCCCCGUGUACAUCCAUGUGCCUUGUGAAUAUCACAUCGAUUGUAACUAAACGACAUUUUACUUGAGAAUCCUAGCGACAAGUCUCUGCAUUUGUUGCUUUA